UGCCGUGGCGGCGGGCAGGUGGGGGCGGGGCCGCCGGCCGGCCGGGGCGGCCCAAGAUGGCGCGGGGUCGGCGGCGCUCGCCGGCAGCCUCCGCCUGAGCGCCCGGGGCGGCGGCGGCGGUUCAUGCGGCGGAGCGCCCGGCCGCGGCGGGCCCCUGCGCGAUGGAGGGCGGCGAGCUGGGCGUGGAGAACAUGGAGACCCUGACCGAGCUGGGCGACGAGCUCACCCUGGGCGACAUCGACGAGAUGCUGCAGUUCGUCAGUAACCAGGCAGGAGACUUUCCAGACCUAUUUUCAGAUCACUUGUGUGGCACCUUUCAGGGCAGCGGUAGCAGCAGCAGUGGGACCCUGGAGCCGCAGGUGCAGCGGCCGUACAGCCAAGUGCAGCUCCAGCCCUUCCCAGGGCCCCCCGCCUCCCCCCAGCUCCAGAGCCUGCCAGUCAAAGCGGCGCAGGCAACACCUCCGGCCCCUCCGCGGUCAGCCCCUCUGCUCCAGCCCCGGCCCCCGCUCCAGCCUCAGCUCCAGCAGCAGGCCGUCAUGAUUACGCCGACGUUCAGCUCUGCUCCCCAGACCAGGAUUAUUCAGCAGCCAGUGAUCUACCAGAACGCAGCCACCAGUUUCCAAGUUCUCCAGCCUCAAGUCCAGAGCCUGGUGACGUCCUCCCAGGUUCAGCCGGUUGCCAUCCAGCAGCAGGUGCAGACGGUGCAGGCCCAGCGCGUGCUAACGCAGGCUGCCAAUGGCACCAUCCAGACCUUAACGCCAGCCACGGUCCAGACAGUAGCUGCACCACAGGUCCAGCAGGUUCCAGUUCUGGUCCAACCUCAGAUCAUAAAAACAGACUCCCUUGUCUUGACAACCCUGAAAACAGAUGGUAAUCCCGUUAUGGCUGCAGUACAGAACCCAGCACUGACAGCACUCACUGCUCCCAUUCAGACCACAGCUCUGCAGACCCUCGUUGGGAGCAAUGGGACCAUUUUGACCACAAUGCCAGUGAUGGUGGGACAAGAAAAGGUGCCUAUCAAACAAGUUCCUGGGGGCGUCAAACAGCCAGAACCACCUAAAGAAGGAGAGAGGAGAACAACUCACAACAUCAUUGAAAAACGUUACCGGUCAUCCAUAAACGACAAGAUCAUUGAGCUGAAGGACCUUGUCAUGGGGACAGAUGCCAAGAUGCACAAGUCUGGAGUCCUGAGAAAAGCCAUUGAUUACAUUAAAUACCUACAGCAGGCCAACCAUAAGCUGAGACAGGAGAACAUGGUUCUGAAGCUGGCUAACCAGAAAAACAAGCUGUUGAAGGGCAUUGACUUAAGCAGUUUGGUUGACAACGAUGUGGAUCUGAAGAUAGAUGACUUCAACCAGAACGUGCUGCUGAUGUCUCCUCCAGCCUCUGACUCGGGAUCCCAGGCUGGCUUCUCUCCCUAUUCCAUUGAUUCAGAGCCAGGAAGCCCACUCCUUGAUGAUGCAAAGGUUAAAGAUGAGCCUGACUCUCCUCCUGUGGCCCUUGGUAUGGUGGAUCGCUCUCGAAUACUCCUCUGUGCUCUCACGUUCCUUUGCCUUUCCUUCAAUCCUCUGACAUCCCUCCUGGACGCCCGAGGAACCCCGGAGUCCGACAGCCUGGUGCGCCACAGCUCUGGCAGGAACGUGCUGACCAUUGAGUCAGAUGCAGGCGGUUGGUUUGGCUGGAUGAUGCCCACACUGAUCCUGUGGCUUGUGAAUGGAGUGAUUGUGCUGAGCGUGUUCAUAAAGCUCCUUGUGCAUGGAGAGCCAGUGACCCGGCUGCACUCAAGGUCGUCGGUCACGUUCUGGAGGCAUCGCAAGCAAGCAGACCUGGAUUUGGCACGGGGGGAUUUUGCUGCAGCUGCAUCAAACCUGCAGACUUGCCUGUUGGUACUCGGCCGAGCACUGCCGGCUUCCCGUCUGGACUUGGCCUGCAGCCUGUCCUGGAACGUGAUCCGCUAUAGCCUGCAGAAGCUGGCGCUGGUGCGGUGGCUGCUGAAGAGGACUUCUCAUCAGUGGCGGGCAAGGGAGGCCACUGCAGGCUUUGAGGAUGAGGCCAAGACUAGCGCUCGGGAUGCAGCUCUAGCAUAUCACAAGCUCCAUCAGCUCCACAUAACAGGUAAACUUCCCUCCAGCUCAGCUUACUCGGGCUUGCACAUGGCCCUGUGUGCUGUGAAUCUGGCCGAGUGUGCAGAAGAAAAGAUCCCACCCAGCACAAUGGCAGAAAUCCACCUGACAGCUGCGGUUGGCCUGAAAACUCGCUGUGGAGGCAAGCUUGGUUUUCUGGCGGGCUACUUUCUAAGCCAGGCUCAAAGCCUGUGCAGCUCGGAGCGGAGUGCUAUUCCUGACUCGUUGCGUUGGCUGUGCCACCCCCUGGGACAGAAGUUUUUUGUGGAGCGAAGCUGGACAGUGAAGUCUGCUGCAAAGGAGAGCCUGUACUGCACCCAGAGGAACCCUGCGGAUCCUAUUGCUCAAGUUCAUCAGGCAUUUUGUGAGAAUCUGCUAGAGCGAGCAGUGGAUUCACUUGUGAAGCCUCAGACUAGGAAGGAGAUAGCAGGACAAGAGGAGGAAGAGCCAUGCGAGUUCUCUAGUGCCAUGGAGUACCUGAAAUUGCUCAACUCGUUCUUGGACUCAAUGGGAAGUGGAGCCCCACCCUUUGCCAGCAAUUCUGUACUCAAGUCCGCCCUGGGCCCUGAUGUGGUGUGCAGAUGGUGGUCAGCAGCGGUGGCUAUGGCAAUCGGUUGGCUCAGGGGGGACGAUGUGGCUGUGAGGUCGCAUUUUGCAGAAGUGGAACGCAUGCCGAAAUCCCUGGAGAUGUCAGAGAAUGCCCUGGUGAAAGCCACCUUCUAUGUGUGUAAAGCCAUGCAGGCCUCACUGUCUGGGAAGGCAGAUGGACAGCAGAACUCCCUGAGUCACUGUGAGAGGGCCAGCAGUCACUUAUGGAACAGCCUCAACAUGAGCAGUGGCGUCUCCAGCACCGUCCUCAACAGUAUGAUCCAGCUGCUGGCCUGUGACUUGCUGCUCUCUCUCCGCACCAGCCUAUGGCAGAAGCAGGCGAACACCAGCCAGGCCCUGGGUGAGACCUACCAUGCCUCGGCCCCCGAGCUGACGGGCUUCCAGCGUGACCUUGGCAGCCUGCGCAAGCUGGCCCACAGCUUCAGGCCCGCCUAUCGCAAGGUCUUCCUCCACGAGGCAACUGUGCGCCUGAUGGCGGGUGCCAGCCCUACCCGCACCCACCAGCUGCUGGAGCACAGCCUGAGGCGACGCACACCCCAGAGCAGCAAGCAAGGUGAACUGGACACCCUGCCGGGCCAAAGGGAGCGAGCCACAGCCAUCCUGUUGGCCUGCCGCCAUCUCCCCCUCUCCUUCCUGUCCUCCCCGGGCCAGCGAGCAGUCCUGCUGGCUGAGGCUGCCCGCACGCUGGAGAAGGUGGGGGACAAGCGCUCCUGCAAUGAUUGCCAGCAGAUGAUUGUCAAGCUGAGUGGGGGCACAGCCAUUGCUGCCUCCUAAUGCCAGCAUGGGGCCACCUUGUGCAAAGACAGCCUGGUGGACUGUCAGCCUGGACUUCCCUUCUGGAGCUUAAAAAAAAAAAAAAAAAAAAAGUGCUAGGUUAGGGCUGUGCCGGUGGGAGAGGGAGGGAGGGUUUUGUUUUUGUUUUGUUUAGCUUUAUUAGCCCCCUUGCUUGUUCUCAGGCGCUGCAGCAGGAUUCUGUCUGAUUGUGGAUUUUGUGACCAUGCCUGGGGCUGUUGGUGUUGGGAAGUGCUGCCCUGACCUGGAACCCCCAUCCCUGCUGGGGGGAGAAGGCCACAAGCCCAAGGCACAGAGAAGUGGCACGUUCUCUGUCUGUUCUCAGGGGCAUCUUGCUCUCUUCCCAAACACCUCCGUGGAAAGAAACCUUUAGGGAGGGCAGAAGAUCUGCUCAAGUCCUGUGGGGCUGCUGGAGGCUGGGGCUGUUCCCAAGAGAGAGGGGGAAGGCACCAGCUUUCCUUUAGCUGCGUGUCAGGAAGCUGAAGCCUCCUUAGACCCAGCUUAGAGGUGCUCUGGGAGUAUUGCUUGGGGCCAGUACUGCUGGGCAAAUUUCUCUACAGUUUUUAUACAGUUUUUUUAUAGGAGUGUUCGUGGCUUUACAAAAAUGUAGGGAAUGAUGCAGCAGAUUUCCCUUCCUCUCCACUUUGUGCAUCUCCUUCCUGUGAUGGCUGCCUCUGGCUUUUGGCAGGGAGCUGGGUUUGUGGCAGCCUACAACAGGCAGAGCCUUGUAGAAGGCCAGGGUGUCCCUGGUCAGCUGGUGCUGGGUGGCAGCAGAGGUGGACAUACAGCACCCUACACUCAGUGUGAAGGGUGAAUGCUUCUCUGGUGCCUUUUUGUUGAUGCAGAAACAAUUUUUAGAAAGAGGUUUUUAUUUUGCUCAACUCCCAGUCCCAGAACUUGUCUUCAGGUGUUUCUCCUUCCCUUCUCCAACUGCUCAACAGCUCUGGAGCUCCUGCAGGGACUGGGAGGCGCUGGUUCAGGGUGUGAGUCUCCCAGCUGUUACCAUCGCCAUACAGAGCAGUUUGACUUGUAGGUGUUGAAUCACCUGUGACUUUCCAAGAGGAGGAGGUGGACUAGGGACGGGGAGGGAACGUUGCCCUCUUUCUGCCUUUCCUGUUGCAUCUCUCCAAAGUGAAGUGCAAAGCAGUUGCCCUGUCACAUGUGCAAAUGUGGAAAUCAGCCUUUGGCAGGUGAACAUCGCUGUUUCUCCCUGUGCGUAUCCGGUGUGUGCUCCAUGUUGGCAGCUAGAAGCACUUGGAUAUGGGCAGCAGCCCAAUCCUGUCCUGUCCCAGUCUGGUUUGUACAGGCUUGGCUCCUGCACAGUCAUAAUUUGGGGUCUUUUGCAAGAAGCUUCUACAGGUAUCCAGUUUUUAUAGAGGGGAGUUGAGAGCUUGAUCUCCUUCCAAAAUGAGGGGAAAAAGAUGGGGACUUGUUUUCACACUUUGCUUGGGGUCCUUGGGCAUCUGGGAGGGGGAUUUGAUGUGCUGCAGGAAUUGAACACGAGUAAUGCUAGUCCUGGAAUUGCCCAGCUUCAGCAAGGUGGAAGCAGGGGGUCAGGAGAAGCCUGUCUCUCAGCCAAGCCUGUUCCCAGUGACCCUGGGCUAUAGCUGCAAGCAAAAGCAUGAGGACCAGGAGAUGCUUCCCAUUCUCCCCCGCUUUAUUUGGGGAAUAGCUGGUGGACACCCAGCUGCAAUAACUGGCAGUCUGUGCUCCUCACCUUCCUGGCAGGCAGGGGGGUCCUUUGUUGUGUCAGCAGUUGGAGAGGAGCUCAUCUGUUGGGGAGAGGUUGCUCUCGGUGUGUCUUCAGUCUGUGUUAGAGGAUGCUCUGGUGGCAGCAACUUCUGCUCUGAGCAGGUAUCAUAAGUAUGCAGAACAGCUCUUGGUUUUGGGUGGGUUUUGAUUGCCCGUUCCCAAGUUUCGUGUCUUACCAGUGAUCCUAUUUUGGGGGUUGGAUCGUAUCCUUCUACUUUUUCUCUUAAGUGGCUGUUAUGCUGUCUUCCUGGUCGUGGGUUUUUCCUAAAAUACAGAAACUCCUUACCUGUGGGAGCCUCUGAGUUGUUUUGCAUUUCCCCAGGUCACGUGCAACACUGUGAAGUUCCUGCUUUAGUAAAAAGGGGAAGUGAUGCUUCGGGAAAACAGUGAUGUUAAGGCUUCAUUUUGGUAACUUAACGGUGGACUGAGCCCUGGGGGCUGGGCUGCAGGGAGUACCCGCUGGGCCAGGGUCUGGGAGGCUGCUGGGCUGAAACCCUGGUAGCUAAUUGCGUGAUCCACAGAGCGUCCUAGCACUGCUGGUACUUCUUUCCCCUCCAGGGUGAGGGAUCUUUGCCGUGUUUUUUCUAUACCGUUCAUAAAUUUGCUGCCCCUCUGUCCCUACAACUUUUUUAUAUGUGUGUGUAUAUACUGUAACUUUUUUUGUUUGCGGUUGGGAGGAAAUUGUUUUAUGGAUUAUGUGAAGAAAGUCUAUUUAUCCACAUGGAGUUCAGAGUAGGGAUGCUUUGUGGUAAGAGAUGGAACUGGUGGUGGGGAGGUUCCCCAGGGAACAUAUCUUCUGUCUGAAAACCCUGUUCCAGGGCUCCUGAGCAUCUGUUACCUAAUAAAGGUGAACGUUACCACCA